ACACGAUGCCAUUAUUAUCUCAGGAACUGAAAUGGCCAAACAAAUCCAGAAAGAAAUACAAGAGGGUGUGGAGUCCUGGAUUUCCCUUGGGAACAGAAGACCUCACCUCAGUAUCAUUUUAGUGGGAGAUAACCCAGCAAGCCACACCUACGUCAGGAAGAAGAUUCAAGCCGCCUCUGCUGUAGGUAUCUACAGUGAGAUUAUUCUAAAGCCUAAGGAUGUUUCUCAAGAAGAGCUUUUGGAUAUAACUGAUCAAUUGAACAUGGACCCAAGAGUCAGUGGCAUAUUAGUUCAGUUGCCACUGCCAGAUCAUGUGGAUGAGCGAACAGUAUGCAAUGGAAUUGCCCCUGAAAAAGAUGUAGAUGGAUUUCAUAUUAUCAAUAUUGGAAGACUGUGCCUUGAUCAGCAUUCUCUCAUACCUGCCACUGCCAGUGCUGUUUGGGAAAUAAUCAAAAGAACAGGAAUUGAAACAUUUGGGAAAAAUGUGGUUGUGGCUGGAAGGUCCAAGAAUGUAGGGAUGCCCAUUGCCAUGCUUCUACACACUGAUGGAGAACAUGAACGACCAGGAGGUGAUGCAACAGUGACAAUAGCUCACAGAUACACCCCCAAAGAACAACUGAAGAUCCAUACUCAGCUGGCAGAUAUUAUCAUAGUCGCUGCAGGUAUUCCAAAGCUGAUCACAUCUGAUAUGAUUAAAGAAGGCGCUGCUGUAAUUGAUGUGGGUAUCAACUAUGUCCACGACCCAGUAACAGAAAAGAUAAAAUUAGUUGGAGAUGUGGACUUUGAAGCUGUAAAGAAGAAGGCUGGCUUCAUCACUCCAGUUCCAGGAGGCGUGGGACCCAUGACGGUGGCCAUGCUUCUGAAGAACACACUCCUGGCAGCUAAAAGAGUCAUUUACUAGGCCGCAUGAAAGAACGAAGCAAGCUGAAAUCAUGCUAUUUAUUUACUUGACAAGGGGGAAAAUCCUUUAUAUUUUACUACAAAGCUAUUUAUUUCUACAUUAUAUUUAUUUUUUCAUGGAUGGAAUCAUUGUGGAUCAGAGGAUUCACACAACUUUAUGCAUUUCCUGCUAACAGAUUUUGAGUUUUAGGGAAAAAACAAACAAAACAAUUCCAAUGGAAACAUUGGUAACAUUUACUUUAUGAAUAAUAUUUGUUCAUAAUAUUAAAACAAUAAAGGGCUCAUAAUGAAUAAUAUAUUUUACACAAUUAAAUAUCACAUGCCAUAUGUUUUCAACAAAUGUUUUGUCAGCCAAAUGGACACCCAUGUAAAAUGUAAUUCAGGUUUUGCCAUAAGCAUGAUCAAUUUUUAAAUAUUUUAGUUCUAUAUCAUAUGCUAAAAAAGAACUAACUUGCUAAAAGAAAGAUACAUACAAAAAGUAAAAUAUUGAUCUUAUAUAUCUCCUAAAUGCAUCCUAUAAGGCAUCCUAAUAGUAAAUAAUGUUCAAUCAAGGAAAGAGAAAUAUACAAGGAGAACAAAAAAUUCAGUGCUGCUUGGGAAGAUAAUGAUUAUAUGAAAUUAUAAAUGACUACUUGUUAUAGUAAAAAUGUAAUAAGAAUGUACUAGGUUUACAUGUAACUUCUUUGUUGUUCUAGAAAAAUAUGUAGACAGUGCCUUCUUUGAGGAAUAAUAGAAAAUCCAAAAGCAAACAAAUGCACAAAACAAAACUAAGGUGGUCUUUUCCCACAAAGAUCAGGAAAAGAUGACAUAUUAUGAGUGAGGCCUUCAUUAAAGAACAAAUUAUGAUUUUUCACAAAUGCAGAAAUCAAUUGGGAAAACACACAAACAAUGUGCCAAUGUUAAACAUUAGAAUAUGACAAAAAAUCUGUUUUCUUUCCCACAGUUCUACCCUUUUUUCUUACAGCAUUUGGUUCUCAAAGUAGAUGCCAUGCUUCUAACACAAUUUAAAUUAGGAAAUACAUGUGACUCUCAGUUGAAGGUAUCUUGAGACUGCUCUAGCCACAUAAUUGUAUUGUUUUCAUACUCAAAUCCCAGUAUAUUUAUGUACCAAUAAUCAUUCUUACCCAAUGCAUGUUUUUAAUGAUGUGUAUACUUAUUAUGUAUGUGAGAAUAAAUUGGAUGUUUAUGAUUAAUAGU